AUGGUUUGUGAUUUAGUAAGUUGCGCGGAUUUAGUUGGCAUAAUGAAAGACGAGAAGGAAUUGGAUUCAACUGAUAAUGAAGUAGGCCAAGUAGCUGAGAGUACAGUGCAAGCGAAGAAGCAUCCAAACGUCUUGGAGAAAGUAAAGGAAUGCCGGAAGAGGAAGGCUACUAGUGAAGUGUCCGACAUGCCUGCAAAGAAAGCCUGCAUACAAGCAACUGUGACAACAUGCACCCCACUUGGUAAUUCUGUAAUUUCGCAGGCGAAGGUCGAUCAGCUGGUGACAAACUUCAUUGUCGAGUAUAUGGAGCCAAUGAGCAUCGUCGAAUCUCAACCCUUCAUCGAGCUUGUUCAAGGUCUCCAGCCAACAAAGAAAGUUUUGUCGAGAAAAACUCUUAAUGGUUAG